GAAAAGGAGCUAUUAUUUUCAAGCUUUAUUUCAUUGCAAUCAUUGAGUUACGUUAUAACAAGAUUCGGUGUAAACCAUAGAGAUCAAAGAAACUUCAUCUGAGUGUGUGUGCCCCUGCUGGUUUUCGACAGGAACAUACCAUAAUUCAUGUUAUGGCUCCACGCGAUAUGCUCGACUUUUUCGUCAUCCUUGUCGUUGCCACUUCAGUUAUCGCCACUGCCAGUUGCAAGCUCUCACCGAGUUAUUAUCAAUCAACAUGCCCUAAAGCGUUGGCGAUUGUUCGAGCUGGAGUAGCAAAAGCAAUCAAGAACGAGACCCGCAUGGGCGCGUCGUUGCUUCGACUGCACUUCCAUGACUGCUUCGUCAAUGGAUGCGAUGCGUCGAUAUUGUUGGACGACACGCCCAGUUUUGUGGGCGAGAAAACAGCAGCUCCGAACAAUAACUCCGUGAGAGGGUUCGAAGUCAUCGACGCCAUCAAGGCUAGGCUAGAGAAGGCGUGCCCCGGAGUGGUUUCCUGUGCAGAUAUUGUUGCUCUUGCUGCUCGCGACUCAGUCGUUUAUUUGGGAGGUCCUUCAUGGAACGUAGGCUUAGGAAGAAACGACUCCACUACUGCUAGCAGGAGCCUUGCUAACACCUCCAUACCUCCACCAACUUCUAAUCUCAGUGCUCUCAUAACCAGCUUCUCUGCUCAGGGUCUUUCGGUCAAGAACAUGGUGGCUCUUUCUGGUUCACAUACCAUCGGCCUAGCGAGAUGCACUUCCUUCCGAGGACGGAUCUACAAUGACUCGAACAUAGAUGCAACCUUUGCCCAAAAAUUGCGGAUGAAAUGUCCCAAAAGUGGAAAUGAUAAUGUCCUUCAAAGGCUAGACAUCCAGACGCCGACUCAUUUCGACAACUUCUACUUCAACAAUUUACUGCAGAAGAAGGGCCUUCUUCACUCUGAUCAAGAGCUCUUCAACGGCAGUUCUGUGGGUUCACUGGUCAAGACGUACGCAUGCGACUCGGGAGCAUUUUUCAAGGAUUUUGCCAAGGCAAUGAUCAAAAUGAGCAAAAUAAAGCCCGCCAAAGGAAGCAAUGGUCAAAUAAGAAAGAAUUGCAGGAAAGUAAAUUAAGUAUGAAGCUGAUAUGCAAUUUGAAACUGCCGCAUAUGAAUGCAGAAGUGAAAUCAGGGCUAGAUAAUAUCUUUUAAUAAUUUGUCAUCGUGUGUCUUGUCUUCAUGACUAAAUACUGGCUGCUGCUUGAAAAAUAAAGGAGCUUGUCUGUUUCGCUCAA